AUGAUAGGGAUAGUCUGCUUUGCCUGGGCUAUGGUUCAGCAUCAGGAAGGAGUCAUUUCAAGCGAUGGGCUCGGAGAAGCAUGGUCUACCAUGCUCCUAGGCACAACAUCAUACGGAUUCGUCUGGUCCACUAUAUUCCUCAUCGUCGUCCUUUGCAAUUGUGCUGUUCACCCUGGUGUCAUCGUUGCAUUCGACUUCAUUGCCUUCGCUGGCCAGUUUAGCACAGUCUGCAUUGAUUUGCAUGAGCUUGCCUAUUGGAGCCUUGGUGGUUAUGGUUACUCUAGUACCCAUAAUGUUGGCCGAUUAUAUGGGGUGGAGUGUUUGGGGUGUUCAAUGGUACUUGUUGGAAGGCUGCGGAAGGCUGGAAAACAGCUGGACAACAAACAGACCAUUGACGUGUGA